AUGUCUAAAACUCUUGGACACGACAAGUUUAAUCCCUACGUUGCUUUUGACUUCAAGGCUGCCAACGAGAAUUAUGUAAAGAACGUGUUCAGAGAUCAAGAUCCUCCAGUCGGCGCCAGCUCUCGAGUGGGCAUCAUCACUUGUUGUGACGCCAGAAGUAGCCCCGACCAUUUCUUCCAAUUGAGUCAUAAUCAAGCAUUUAUCAUUCGCAAUGGGGGAGGAAGAACGAGCCCGCCGGAUGUGAUUCGAACAAUUGCAAGCAUUGAGAUCUUGAGUGACAUCAAAGAAAUCAUGAUCAUUCACCAUACCGAUUGUGGUUCCUUACACUGCAACGAUGAUUUCUUCCGAGCAGCGAUCGCCAAAAACGACCCGAACAUGAAAGAUGGGCCAUUCUUAGAAGGUGCUGACUUGUGGACGCAAGGCGUUGCGUGGGUACCAUUUGAUUGGAAAGAGGGCGAGACAGAAAGGCAGGUGCUAGAUCGGAGUGUCGUGGAUGAUGUACACUUUCUCCGGCGCCAUCCCCUUAUGAAGCCAUCAAUUCCUAUCACGGGCUGGGUAUAUGACGGAUCCACAGGGGCAGUUGAAGAGAUCGACUGUGGACUCGAGAAAGGACGUGAUCCCAAGCAACUCGAGCUCCUGCAGGCGCAAAUCGCAAAACGGGUGCAGAAGUAG